GGGCGCCGUCGUGGUGGGGGGUCGCGGAGGGCGCGGGCGGUGCUGUCGGUGGGGCUGAACCUGGCGGCGCUGCUCUUCUCGGCCACGGCCUUCGGCACGACCCACUGGUGCGAGGGGACGCAGCGGGUGCCCAAGCCCACCUGCGGCCCGCUCCGCCGCACCAACUGCCUCGACUACGGCAACGAGACCGGCGCCGCCGCCUCCUCCUCCUCGUCGCCGGUGCGCUACAGCUGGGAGACGGGCGACGACCGCUUCCUCUUCAGGGCCUUCCACGCCGGCAUCUGGUACUCGUGCGAGGAGAACCUCCACACGCCCGGUGAAAAAUGCCGCAGCUUCAUUGACCUGGCUCCGGCUUCCGAGCGAGGGGUGCUGUGGCUGUCGGUGGCCUCGGAAGUCCUCUACAUCGUCCUGCUGGUUGUCGGCUUCAGCCUCAUGUGCCUCGAACUGGCCCGCUCCAACAACUUGAUCGACGGUCUGAAGCUCAACGCUUUUGCCGCUGUCUUCACGGUGUUGUCAGGGCUGCUGGGCAUGGUGGCUCACAUGAUGUACACGCAAGUGUUCCAGGUGACGGUCAGCCUCGGGCCGGAGGACUGGCGGCCCCACUCCUGGGACUACGGCUGGUCCUUCUGCCUGGCCUGGGGCUCCUUCACGUGCUGCAUGGCCGCCUCCGUCACCACCUUGAACUCGUACACCAAGACCGUCAUCGAGUUCCGGCACAAGCGCAAGGUCUUUGAGCAGGGCUUCCCGGAGGAGGAGGAGGAGGACCCCACCGGCCCGGCGGAUCCGGAGCCCAUCAAGUACUUCCACGAGAGGCUGGAGGAGGAGAGGGAUGAGGUGGGGGCCGUGAGGCUAGAGUGCCCGCGAGGGGGCUACUCCUCCAAUAGGCUGCACAACACCCAGCUGUGAAGCCCCCCCAAACAGGAGGCGGUCCGGAUGGCCAGGAGAGGCUCUCCUCGUCCUUGUCCCCGUCCCGGUCUUCCAGCAGCUCAGCAAAGUCCUCUUUGUUUCCAUCGGAGCCCCCCAGCUGGCUUUCCUCCCUGGGAGCCGGCCACAUCGUCGCAGCAGCAGCUUCUCCGGGGGCCGCAGAGUCCCUGAACCCGAGCGCACAGCGGGGGGUGCCCAGGGUGGUGGCAGCAGCAAGGCCGGGCCUCCCGGCCGCUCAGGCCACCCGUCUGACUCCCGGUCCCAGGGCAGCCCCUCUGGGGGAGAAGGCCAGGCGGGCCGGCGGCACACCCUGCUUGGCUAGCCGAGAGCACCGGCCUGC